GCCAGCUAUUGUACGGGAAGACAAGGGAGUUGGUCACCUAGUGUAUCGGGGGAUCCGCCGACACUCGAUUAGGAUUAAGAAAAGCAACAAUGUUUGCCUUGAGUGAAUGCAUUGUUGCCUGACUCAUACAACCUUGCUCUCUCUCAAGUCGAGUCCGUUCUUUGGAAAGGGGUUGUCGCUUGCCUUUGGGGUUCCUCGUCCUGUUUCCUUCAUCUUUCACACUCUCUCUUGAAAACUGCCGGUUCCCACAAAUCUUCCUCAAGAUGGACGUUUCGACGAUCGUUAGAAGCUCUUCUACCCUGGUACAAACUACUGUUCUUGCUGCAGCUAUGACCGCUAUGAGUGGAAUCGCCGUGGUUGUCGACCGUAUGGUUUUCGGAAGGCCUCGAGCGAGAGCUGACUUUCAGAGACUAGAAGAGCAUUACCGCAACGUGGCUCCGCACGAAACGAUUGACCGUUCCAUCGCUGAGAGGUGUUACACGGAUGGCCAAGGCGAAACGCAUAGAGUGCCCUUCCCGUACGAGCUGAUAUUGAACCCAAAGGUAAGCCCUGCCCAACGUAGUUCUAUUCGAGCCAGGAUGCUGAUACUCUACCUCACAGUCCACACGUUUGGCGCUUCCGAAAGGAUUGGAUAUCCAACAAGCAGCAAGGGCUAUUCGAACGCUCGAAGGGCUCUGACGCGAUCAGGCGGGGCAAAGCU